GAGCCAGUGAACAUUAAGAGGAGCAGACCAAAAUCCCAAACAAGGAAAUGGUGGGGGAAUAAAACGACCAGAUUAUUUAAUUAAUGCAUGUAAUAAUUAAUAUUUUAUUUUAUUGUAAAUUAAGACGUAUUUAUUGGCUGAAAUGGACUACGACUUCAAAACAAAGCUGGCGGCCGAGAGAGAGAAGGUGGAAGAUCUGUUCGAAUAUGAAGGUUGCAAAGUGGGUCGAGGCACCUACGGGCACGUUUAUAAAGCUAAGCGCAAAGACGGGAAAGAUGAGAAGGACUACGCACUGAAACAAAUAGAAGGCACUGGAAUAUCGAUGUCUGCCUGUCGGGAAAUCGCUGCAUUGCUGUCACGCGGUGGGAACUGUGGAGGAGGACUCGGACGCAGAGUGGAGCUGUUACGAGAACUGAAACACCCGAAUGUGAUCGCCCUGCAGAAGGUGUUCCUGUCUCACAGUGACAGAAAGGUUUGGCUUCUCUUCGACUAUGCCGAACACGACCUAUGGCACAUCAUCAAGUUCCAUCGUGCAUCCAAGGCCAACAAGAAGCCCAUGCAGCUGCCCCGAGGGAUGGUGAAGUCUCUCCUGUAUCAGAUUCUGGAUGGGAUCCAUUACCUCCACGCCAACUGGGUGCUCCACCGGGAUCUGAAACCAGCGAACAUCCUGGUGAUGGGGGAAGGUCCCGAGCGAGGAAGAGUUAAAAUCGCCGACAUGGGUUUCGCCAGACUCUUCAACUCCCCCCUCAAGCCGCUGGCAGACCUCGACCCUGUGGUGGUUACGUUCUGGUACAGGGCCCCCGAGCUGCUGCUGGGGGCCCGGCACUACACCAAAGCAAUCGAUAUUUGGGCAAUCGGCUGCAUCUUUGCGGAGCUGCUCACGUCCGAGCCUAUCUUUCACUGUCGCCAGGAAGACAUCAAAACCAGUAAUCCCUUCCAUCACGACCAGCUGGACCGGAUAUUCAGCGUCAUGGGAUUCCCCGCAGAUAAGGACUGGGAGGACAUCAGGAAGAUGCCAGAGUACCCAACACUGCAGAAAGACUUCAGGCGAACAACGUAUGCAAACAGCAGCUUAAUCAAAUACAUGGAGAAGCACAAAGUCAAACCAGACAGCAAGGUGUUUCUGUUGCUCCAGAAACUCCUCACGAUGGACCCCACCAAAAGAAUCACAUCAGAGCAGGCGCUGCAGGACCCGUACUUCCUGGAGGACCCGUUACCAACCACUGAUGUGUUUGCCGGGUGUCAGAUCCCCUACCCAAAACGAGAGUUUCUAAACGAAGACGAGCCCGAGGAGAAAACAGAAAAGAACCAGACCCAGCAGCACCAGCAGACGACAGGUCAGACUCAGGCCCAGAACCAGCAGCAGACGGCAACCCAGCAGGCUCCCUCCCAGCAGAACUUGGCCCAAACCAACGGCACCACCGGAGCGACAGGGGCCACCACCGGCGGGGGUUUACAACAGAGCCAGGACCAGAGGCCCCCCAACAAGAAACCUCGGAUCGAGCCCUCUGGCACUGGAGUGCUACAGUCGGAGUACCAGCACUCUGGCUCCCGCCUCGGUUACCAAAGCAGUGUCCAAGGUUCCAUUCAGCCACAGGGCACCAUGGGAUACUCGUCGUCGUCCCAGCAGAGCUCCCAGUACUCCCACCAGACCCACCGUUUCUGAGGUUCCCCGUCACUCCUGAACCAGCAGAGGAGUCAGCUCCUCCUCCAGCCUUUCACCAGCCUCUGCAGACGUCACCGCGCACCCAACCCCUGCCGUCCCAGGUCGGAUCUCCCUCCGUGCAUUACAUCAUUCCAAGUUUCGGCCCUCCCUCACCUUUGACCUCUAUCCCAGACGGCCUUCAACGGCACUGCGACAGUGAAGGCCAAACAAACAUAGAAACCAAAACAAUCUCCCGAGAAGUUCCGCCUCGUCGUGCUGGUGAAUAUAAUGUAAGAUAGAUGCGAAGGCGUCGAUCACACACAGAACCAUGGCACUUACAAAGACACCGUUCCCCACCAGGAAGAAUCGCUGCUGUGUUCAUACUGUAUAUUUAGAUUAUAAAGCACCUUUUCUAUUUACAUUUUUUCCGCCCUCACGUAUUUGCUCAGUCCGAUGUCAUUUUAAAUAUUGUCACAUGUGGAAGUGAUGGCAUCAAAACAAACACAGGAGGAAGGGCCCUUUACUGUCACCUCUGGUGUAAUAUUUACCUUGGAUAUUCAAAAGUAGAGUUUAAGCUAAUAAUGUUCCUUUGAAGAAGAAAAACACGGUCACAUGUUUCUACACAGAAAAAGAAAUCAGCACUUUAGCUGAUGCAAUUGCAAGGAAAUAAUAAAUGCGCAAUUUAAUUUAAUCCUCUUAUUAUAGGGUUUCUAUAUUUAGACCUCUCUUUAUAUAGAGAGAAGGAAAGUGAGAAAAGUAUUAGUCUUUUUACAGCUCUCAGUUAUGCAUAUUCCACAUCACUCCGCUACAUAGAUAAGAUUUGACAGGCCGAUCUUUGCUUUCCGUUGAUGACAGCAGCCUUUUCUUUUUUUAAGGAGGUUGGACUCUUCUCGUUUUUGACCGGCAGCUUCGGACUGUUUUUCUUGUCCGGGAGCUGCCGGUGGAGACUUUGCUCUGACAACCAUCUUACCGUGGACCCUCCACACUUUCAAGGUUUCUGAACAGGAACGUGUGCAUUUAAUCGUACAGGGCAGCUACCCCCCCCCCCCCCCUACUUAUAUGCUUCUUGAGACUGUUACUGCCUGAUGUCAGAUUAUUAAGGUUUCUAAUGUUAAUAUUGUUGCCUUUUGUAUGUGUGCGUGUGUGUGUGUGUUUGUUUGUUUGUUUGUUUGUUUGUCUGUGUGUGUGUGUACAGUAUUUUUUUUAUUAUGCAUGGCAUUUGUGGGGACGAGUUUAAAGAUAAGCCGUUGUGGAAUGUAAUUAAGUACACAUACUCAAGUACUGCACUGGAAGGAGUCACUUGACGUUAUAGGAAAUGGGCGUAUUUUUAUUUCAUGCUACUUAAUACUUCUACUACAUUUAUCUAAGAGAUUUAAUUGCUAGUUACUUAAAAAACUUAAUUAACACAUAAUUAAAUUUGGAUGUAUUUGUAAAUAUCUCCUUAUCGAGUUAUAUUAGAAAAGCCAUUUAUAUUUUUAAAUAAUCAAGUUUUAGUGUAUUAUAAUUCUAAUGCAGCGACUGCUGCAGUCAGUUCUUUAGACAUGUACAUUUGAAAUAAAAAGCAUUUAAAAAUACUCUAAAACAGUUUUUUAAGACAUAUUAAUAGCCAUAAUUGUAUUUUAAAGAUUGGGGCUUUUGGGCUGUUAGAGCUGCCGUGAGUGUAUAAAGUAGUUCAAAUUAGCUGCUCCUCAAACAGCAAAAUAUUUUUUAUUGUACAGCACUUUUACUUUUAAUAGCUUCAGUAAUUUUAGCAGACAUUUACUCAUAUAGAGUACUUUUGUAUUGUGGUAUUUUUAUUUAGGGGAAAGGUCUGUAUACUGAAAAUAACACAGACUACGCUCCCCACAAAACACAAAGUGAGGCGUUUUUAUUUUCUAUCCUUUUUUGUUUACCCAAAACAAACUUCCAUCCUCACUGGUCUGCUCAGUCACGUGACAGAUUGUAUUAAAGAACGCGGCUCCACUGAUGAAGAAGCACUGACACCUUGUGGCUAAAGAGAGAACUGGACCUUUGUCCUUUGUGAAACUGCCUUUAUACAAAGUUCACCAGACCAUGCAAGACAUUGGGUGUAUUAUAAAACUAUAAUAUUAUUAAUAUUAUUAUUGUGUCAUGUCUCACUGAUGCUGAAAGCAGCCUCCUGCUUUGCUCACAGUGAGACAAUAUCGAUUACUAUUUCAUGCAUUGAUAUUAAGAUGUGUCUCAAAUCUCUUCAGUGACUCCUCAGUGUGGCCUGCUGACCCUCACUGGGUCCUUCUCCACAGCUGACUACAGUCCAUGUUAUGGGUUCUAUCUCAAAAAAAGUGUUUUGCAUCCCAAAAAUAAUGUUUAUUGCACAAAUUGAAGAUUUAUAAAAAAAAAAAAUGUCAGUGUUUGGUUGACAAAUACAUAUCCAGACUGGAUCUUGUAUAUUUUAUACAUAUUUAAAGCUGCAGUCAUUCUUUAACGCGCUUCUAACAGCGUGUUAGCGUUAAAGAACCAAUGUUAUCCUAACGAGAUAUCUAUCCUAUAAUUAACUAAUCUGUUUAUCUAGGAUAACAAAGACACAGUGGAGUGAACCAAACACAUUUGGUUUUUUAAGAUUAUGUUGCACGGCUGCAUUAUUAGUCAUUUGCAUUAUUACAAAAAUUAGUCAGAAGUUUUCUUAUGAACAGAACGCGGAGGUUCUGGUUUCACUUUAACUUUCUUAAAAGUUGAUUUAUUGUAUUAGCAAAUAAGGACAUGUUUUUACAGCUAUUAGACAAGGAGUCAUAUUUCUGUCCAAUAUUCAACCUCCAUUUAGCUCUGCUUUGGUCUCCUCAAUAUCUGGCUCUAUAGCAAAUAGAUAGCUCGUUAUUUAAACUAUCUAGUUUCUCACUCUCAACUCGUCAAACACCAGUCAGUGGCAGUAUGCUUCAAAGUAUGACGUUCUAGGUUCGGACGUGUCAAAUGUUAGUUUCCACUCGUUACGUGCAUGGUGUCUUUUCAAAAUAAACUCCCAACCUAGGUUUGCUUAGUUUUUAGGUUUACUGACAUAAUAGGAAACAGGAUUGUGCUUUAUGUUAUGAAUAAACACGUUUGUUAUGUAACUGGCAUUAGUUCAGGAUGAAAGUAACGUGACAAAAGUAUGGUAAAAUCUAUGUCAAGGGACAUAGAUAGCGGUAUCCUGGGUGAAAGUCCUGUGUUUGUUCGACUUAUCCAACCACCCUUCCCGCUUUUCUAACUCUUGAUACUGUGUCAGUUCUGUGCUGCUGGAUAAGAGCAGAGACAAACUUUAGGUGAAAUGAUGUCGACAUGAAGGUCUUUUGGCAGGGAGCUCUUCUCAGCGCGUGUCUCGGUAGUUGUAGGCGGAUCCAGGGGGACAUGGUCUACAUGACGGGGGAUCAAAACCAGCAGCUAUUCAACGGGUUUCUCCUCCCUUUGGUAUUCCAAAGUCACACUGACACUCGUCUGUUGUCAAUUUCUCUCCCAAGUAUUAUUGAGUUCCGGUGGGAGACAAGUUACUAUUAAACAACUCCUAUGCAAAAACAAUACGUUCAAAUAAAAUCCCACACUAAAACUUUCACUUAGGAUGCUGGUUUUGCAGUUGACCAGGUUUUAUCAUAUUGUGUUAUUGUGGGUGUGUUUUCCACAGCUUUUUAAAGUGUACUCUAAAUGAAACUAUUGUAAAGAAAUGCAUGUGUGUAUAUAUAUAUAUUGAUAGUGAACAAUCAUAUUUAUUAUUUCCAUGCGUCUAUGGAUAAUACACAUGUUUCCUUCACUGU